UUGAUUAGUAUUGUAGAAUGACAGAGAUGUCAUGCGGAUUAAUGAAGAGCUGAUUUGUUUACUGGAAAGUUUUGUCAGUAAAGGAUGAAUCGCAGGCGACAAAUACAGAAUUUUUCAGGUCAAAGUUUUUAAAUUUACCGUACGCACAUUAAGUUCAGCAUUUCUACGAUCUAAGAAAUAUACGGAAUAGGCCCAAUUUUUUACGAAUAAAAAUUUGAUGUGGCACUUUCGACCAAAAGGACAAAUACGGCGUAAAAUCGAUUAAACAAUUUCAAACUAAGACUCCCUUGGAUAGCAUGGACAAGAAAAUGUCUUCAUCGCAGCCGCGUAUUUUGAAAAAGAAACAUUUCCGCGUAAAACAUCAAAAAGUAAAGCUUUUUAGAGCUAAUGAACCGAUUUUAAGUGUUUUCAUGUGGGGUAUUAAUCAUACGAUAAAUGAACUAAGUCAUGUUAAUAUUCCUGUUAUGCUUUUGCCGGAUGAUUUUCGAGCAUAUUCAAAAAUCAAAGUUGAUAAUCACCUGUUUAAUAAGGAAAACAUGCCGUCACAUUUUAAAGUCAAAGAAUACUGUCCUUUGGUAUUUCGGAAUUUGCGUGAAAGGUUUAGCGUUGAUGACGUUGAUUACCGCGAAUCAUUAACUCGUUCUCAGCCUGUACGCAUUGAGUCAUCCGGAAAAUCUGGUGCACAAUUCUACCAAAGCUAUGAUAAAUUUUUCAUAAUUAAAAGCUUGACAUCCGAGGAAAUUGAGCGUAUGCAUGCGUUCUUAAAACAAUAUCAUCCCUAUGUCGUAGAGAAGCAUGGCAAAACUCUCUUACCGCAGUAUUUAGGUAUGUAUAGGAUAACUGUUGAGAGCGGGCAGUAUUAUUUUGUGGUUAUGCGUAACGUAUUCAGUUCACAUCUAACGAUUCACAAAAAAUUUGAUUUAAAAGGCAGUACGGUUGAUCGCGAGGCAUCUGAAAAAGAGUUAGAAAAACAUUUGCCUACGUAUAAAGACAAUGAUUUUAUAAAGCAAAAAAUCAAAAUUGAAAUUGGGGAAGAAACAAAAAAAAACAUAUUGGACACGUUGUCAAGUGACGUUGAUCUCCUAACAAAGUUACACAUAAUGGAUUAUUCGCUCCUAGUUGGUAUACAUGACUGUGUACGUGCCGAAGAAGAAGCUUUACAAGGGGAAAACUCUCAAGUGACUGGACGAAGCGAAAAUAGCGAAAGCGAAGAAUGUGAUAGUGGAGAAAGAUGGACUUAUAAUACACCGCCUGAUUCACCGCGAGGCGCACAAUAUAAAGAAGUAGUCUAUGAAGUUGACAUCUAUGCCAUUCCAAGUAUUGAAGACAGACGAGAAAUAUACUUUAUUGCCAUUAUAGAUGUUUUAACGCAAUAUGGUGUGAAAAAACAGGCCGCCAAGGCAGCUAAAACUGUUAAAUACGGAAGUAAUGUAGAUGGUAUUUCCACAUGUGAUCCCGAUCAAUAUGCCAAAAGAUUUCUAGAUUUCAUGGAUAAAGCAAUCGAGUAAUUGAUUACCACGUUUGUGCCUACGAAGGCGCACACCUUUGGAAAAUAAACUAACCAAAUAAGUGAAUUCAAAUAUUAUAUUUAUGGCUAUUAGGAAUCGUAAACUUAUGUAUGUAUGUCUCUAUAUACGCCGUGCGAAUUAUAUAUGUACAUGUGCACAUGCGUUUGAUUAGGAUUUCCGAGAGAUCAUGUGAAAAAAAAAUAUUUUUUUUUUUUUUUAUUUAAAUAGUAAUACAAUAAAACAGCAUAAGCUGCUUUACCACUUCA